AUGGCUCGUCAUUCCGGCCCUACUCGCCUCCCAAUGCCAAAUUUACCCCCCACUCAAUCGGCUACACACCCUACGGCUGUCCCAGCGUCUUCGAUCUUGCCCGACUCUCGCUCUCAUUUCCUGCCCACUAUCUAUGAGGAUGCGGACUGGACUUUGGGCGAGUUCUUGUAUCAUACAUUUCUGUCUGGGGACAAUGUACAUCGUGAGCAGAGCCAUGCCCAGAGAGUGUCGAGAUUUCUGAAGGGGCAGGAUCGUGUCUACACCCCUGGUUCUAUAUUGGAUCUAUGGAUGCGGCACCCUGAUGGUGCACUGCGGCAUACCCUUCCGGAGGAUCGCAAAACGGCUGCCUCAGUUCGCGUCGCCCUCACACGUUUCUCUGCAGAGCUUGUCCGAAAGCACCUCAUAGGAGAGGCUGAGCGGGCCGUCCAACCUGAAAAUGGCUUGCACGCUACACGGAAGGUCCGAAGGAACGGUCCCACCGGCCAGAAGACUGCCGUUGAAUGGGCCGAUAUCGGCGCAACCACACUCUCCUUGGCCUCCGACAUCAUCCAAUAUCAUCAACUCUUGCUCUGGGAUCUUCUGAGCUCCGUUGCGACGCGCGAGAAGGACUCCGAGAACCAAGAUGGGCACGAGGUUGUCACCAACGUCAUCAUCAACCUCGACUUCUCGCGAUCGAGCCACGCCAACUUGGUGCCUAUCUCCCGCACCCUCCACCUCUUCGCACUCAGCACUCCCUACGACGCAUACCCCUACCUGUCCCGCAUCGGCAUGACCACGGCGUACUCUACCGGCUUACACGUCCUGAACACGUUGGCGGACACUGAAUCCCAUGCCGUGCGCGAGCUGGGAGCGCAAGUAGGCACCCCCAUCUGCAUCAUAAUGGACAACCGUGACGCUUGCGUCGGGCGCGCGAACGGCAUCGUCAUCGGCAUUGCCGCCACGUUCGUGGAGAACCCGCACAUCUCGUUGUCUGCGCUUGACUUCGACGACAAGCAGACUCGCUUGGCGACCAACCUCCGCGCGUCUCUCACUGUCACGCAGCUCUUGAAGUUCAUCGACCAGCCCCACCAGGAGACCGUUGGUGUCCUUUCCCUGUUGCGCACCCUCGUGGAAUACAUCCCGGAGCUGAACAAGUACAGCACCAACGCCGCGAAGAUUCCCCUCAACCCGGCCGGAUACCGUGUCCAUCCACUCGGCUCCAAGUUGAAAGAUGCUUUGCUCGACUUCCUCGGUCAGGUGGGCCAAGAUUACGCACACUCCAACCGCCGGCUCACCCUGUGCAUUGGUGACGGGCUCACAUACGAACGUAUCUUGCAAAGCCUUGCGGUGGUUGAGCCUGUUCUCGCCCCGUGGCACACCGCUUGGGCAGACCUCAGCCGCAUCUUCAGCACUCACUGGGGUAGUCUCGUGACCAAGGAUCCAUCCAAGCUCGGGUUCAGCGCCGCGAAGCUCCAUCGACGCGCACCUUCAAACCUCAAGAAACCUGAUUUCAACCAGGGCUUUGAGAUCCUGGAGACGACUCACGACGCACACAUUCUGGACUGCUUCCGCAUCCCAAGCUUCGAAGACUUGAAGCGCGAUGCUGAGCAGGUGUAUCAUAUGUUCUGCACACACCUGGCUGGAGAACGAGCCGUCGAGCCUCGUGCUGAUGAUGUCAGUCUCGUGGCGACACUAUCCAGCUCAGCCCACUCCCCCACAACGAUACCCCAAUCAUUGUCCACAGACUCCCAUUCUUCGUCUGCUGCCACCACAUCUGUUCCCAUACGUGGAGAAGCCCUCGAUGACGCUCCCAUAGCGUCCGCGCUCAUCGACUCGUCCGGCACGCAGCUAUUAGCGCCCACCAUGACGCCAGAGUCUCCAGUGGCUGCUCAGAAGACGACCAGGGCUAGAAAGAAGGCCAAGAAGGCGUUGGUCCCCUUCCUUGGGGAUCGUGUCCUCGCCGACUCCAUCAACUUCCUACGCGAGGGCAUAGUGCUGCGCGAGAUGAUAUAUGCCAUCGCUGAAGGCGACGUGGGUCGCAUAUAUGAGGCGAUGAAGGUUAUGUUGUUCACAUUCGCCGGAUCUCCUGGUAGCCGAUACCCCAACUAUCUCCUCACCUUCAUCACUGCUCUCGAGCUCGAGUCAAGCAUCGAUCUACGUCACAGUAUCCUCGCAAGCCUCGUCGUCAACUUGAAGGGCCAGCCUGGCAAGUUCACUGCUGCCGACCUUGUUGAAGAGUACUUCAACCGCCUCCUUCAGGCAAUUGCGGAGCGCAAAGGCGCUGAGUACAACACCAAGUUCAUGCGUCACACUGUGUCACGAAACCUCUAUCAUCUCUCGCGUCUAUGCAACGAUAUGAACGAGAGUGUCGGGCUUGCCAUGCGCUCUGGUCGACACACCGCCCCACGCCGCCUUGCCGACAUCCGCAUUCUCACGGACGAGUUUCGGCGUCAGCAGCUUCACCUCCGGCGCCCUGCCACCACCACCUCGACUGCACCCGUGAGCUCGGCAGUUUGCGAUGAUGAGUCCGACGACUCAGAUGAGGAUCUCCCAGCCACUGCAGAAGAGCUCAUUCAGUCGCUCGACAAUGGGAUUCCUACGUGGGAGCUUCAAGACGGCAAGCUUGUUCAUGACGAGAUUAACAUCGACGACGAGGCUGUGCGCAUGCUGGAAGGCACCGACGACCCGACUUUGGUGGAUGAUGGUUUAGUUAAUGUGGCAAGUAACGGGGAGGCGAGUUGUGCAGAUGACAUGUAA